AUGACCACGAUAUCUACCACGUAUGCUCCGGCAUCGCUGGACGAAAAGCACCAUGCCGUCUUCCACCACGAACUGGUGAUCGAACAAGCACCCAAGUAUACUUAUAACCAACCGUUUAUACAUUCUCGUCCAGUCGAGACCAUCAGACCACCGCAGCACCGAACCACUCAGAGCGCCCUGCUACUUAAAGCCGCGCGCGAGCGAUAUACGCUGGUCACCGAUCAUACUAUCCCAUCCACCCGGACCAAGGAUGAGAUUCUAGUCAAGGUUCUAGCGAUCGGCCUGAAUCCGAUCGACUGGAAGGGCCCGGCGUUCAACUUCGGGAUUCCUAGUCUGCCUUGGGUCAACGGGCGAGACCUUGCCGGCAUCGUUGUCGAGGCAGACGAAUCAGCUCGCGUGAAGCAAGGCGACCUGGUCCUGGUUCCGUCCACCGAUUAUCGCGACAUCCGCAAGGCCGCCUUCCAGGAGUAUGCCGUGGCCACUCAUUUCAAUGCAGCGCGGAUCCCUUCCACGGGAUGUGUCCACGCCUCGGCUUCACUCGGCGUCGCCUUCGUGGCCUCCGUAUUGGCAUUGGGCGUGUCCCUAGGUCUUGACCUCUCGCAGGCCUUGUCGUCUCCUGGCCCGAACUUGGUGGAAUUGGUGAAUCAGAUCAACAGAGAGGAAGUCCCGGUGGAUAUUCACGAAGAGUGCUUCAAGUCUUCGAGUAAAGCUGAGCAACCGCAGAAGGGCGACUGGAUUGCCAUUUGGGGAGCCUCUACUACGACGGGAUACAUCACACUUCAACUAGCCCGAAUGGCCGGUCUCAAAGUCAUCUGCGUCGCUGAUAUUGCCCGACACGGUGCCAAACUCAUUGAACUGGGCGCCGAUGCCCUCGUCGACCGCCACGAUUCACAACGUGCCGUGGAGAUCAUUCGCGGCAUCUCCAAGGGAAAGCUACGGUACGCGAUCGACAUUGUCGGCAAAGACACUGCAAACAUCCUGCAACAAGCACUGGAUGACUCGCCGCGGGACGAUGGAUCUCAUGCGCACCUGCUCGGACUGACGGGGCUGCCCAAGGAAAAAGGCGAGAACAUUACGCAUCACACCGUUCCCAUCAAGUUAUUCCAUUCGUCGCCGGCCGUAGGCGAAGCCAUGGUAUCCUGGUUAGAACGACUACUAGAUUCCGGUUCUCUACAGCUGCCGGAGAUUGUUCGAGCAGAGGGUGGUCUGGCAGGGAUCAACGACUCGUUGGAGAUUCUUCGCCAGGGCACGGCGUCCGGAAAACGCAUCGUCGUAGAUCUAGGGACGCAGUAG